CUUUUUGACAACAAUUUGUACAGCUGUCCAAAAUGGCUGUGCGUUUGUUUGAUGGUAAAGAGCAUGCAUCCUUAUACGGGAAAUACCGGAUAUCUCCAUCUGAUGAGCUCAUCAGCAAGAUUCUGCAGUUCCUUAAGAGGAAUAAAGAUUCACCUUAUGAGCUGGCUGUGGAUGUUGGUUGUGGCUCAGGGCAGGGAACGCUGCUUUUGGCCCCUCAUUUUGCUCGUGUGGUGGGGACAGAUAUCAGUCCUGCUCAACUGGAGGUGGCAAUGAAGCAUCAUGAUUGCAGCUUAAACGUCUCUUACAGGGAGUGUACAGCUGAGGAUCUGCCUUUUGAAGAUGGGUCUGUAGAUCUUGUGACGGCCAUGUCUGCGUUCCAUUGGUUUGACCGUUCAAGUUUUCUUCAGGAGGCUCACAGAGUGCUGAAGCCUCAUGGCUGCCUCACACUUCUUAACUACACCAUGGACAUGGAGCUAAGCUAUGGAGAUUGUUCAGAGACUUUAAACCAUAUCUGCAAAGAGUUUUAUGCUGCCCUGCUGCCUUACCGUAACCCUUACCUGGGUCCCAGCUCUGUGGAACUUUACAAGCAAACCUACAACUCUCUCCAGUAUCCAAUCAAAGAAUGGCAGGAGGCCUUUUGGGUGAGGAAAACUGUCCCUCUCUCUGGCUACAUCGGCAUGGUGGAGUCCUUCUCCAGUUUUCAGGCACUCUUAAAUAAAGAUCCAGAAGAGGCCAAGCAACUGUCACAGGACAUCACACAAAGACUGUUGUGUGCAAUGGAUGUGAUAUCCACAGAGACUGAAGUUGUUAUGGGAGUUAAAUACUUUUACGUGUUAGCCUGUAAGCCUGCAACAGACUGAUAAUUUUUUUGUUUUUUUUGUUUUGUUUUUUUAAUGCUGUGUCCAGCAAAGCUAAGCUGAUAUAAAACUGUAGUGAGACAAAAAAAAUAUACAUUUAAAAUAUUUUGUCCACAUACAUAAAGAAAAUCCACCUUUUACAUAAUGCAAAUGACAAACAAAAGCAAGCAUGUUGUAGAAAAUACUUUCAAUACACAUAUUUCUGAGAUCUGUUACCUUUAUGAAUAUUUAAUUAAUCAUUAUGAAUCAAAUCUAUGAUUAGACCUUAUUAUUCAUUAUUAUACUUAACUGAAUUCCACACCCAUGAUUCCAUCCACAAACACAAUUAAAAAUGCCAAUGAGACAAUGAAUUUAUUAUGCUCCUGCUUUAUUCAAAAGAUCAUGGUGACCAAAACCACAUCAUUUUUCAUACAGCCAUGUGUUAACUACUUGAUUAGAGGAUUAAAGAUAAAAAAUAAUAAGCAGAUGUACUGUUUAGUUUGAUUUUUCAUGUAAUGUUGUCUGUCUUUUAGUCUAAAUAUUAUGGAUUUCUGAAUCAUGAAAAUAUCUUUUUCUGGCUCACAAUUUUCUGUUUUAUGGAUUUCUUGUCACAUGACAACAAUAUCAAAAUGAAUAUAUUUUCAGAAAUGCUGACAUUAAAAAUAUGUUUAUAUAAGAUACUGUAUGUAUUCCAGUCAUUGUCCAUAUGAAUUGCAUGUUUUAUGUAUUUUUUUUUAUUUUUAUUUGUGGUUUUUGAAUACAUUUGUAGAUCCCGUUCCAAAUUAAAGGGAU